AUGUUCUGGUGUAUUUCCAAGUUCGAUAUCAAAGUGGAGGAUAAUAGAGAGGAUAUUGAUAUUCCACUAGAAGAUCGACAGCAAAAAGAUGAGGCUCAAGAGGCUGAGUUUCAAGACAUUGUACCUAAUCCUAUUAGUAAUUAUGAAGAAAGUGAUAGUGAGGAAAAUGAUAGCGAGGAAAAUAAUGGCGAGGAAGGUAACACGUUACCACAACCCAGUAAGCAUGCACUCAGAAAGAGAAGGAUAAUCUUAGUAGAGAAACACACCGAUGAUAAAGCACUUCCAGGAACCGGCGAUCAAGCAUCACGAAGAGUAUGGGCAUGGUUAGGAAGAAAAGAUGAUGGCUUUGACUAUUACUAA